CUCGACCAAGGCUCAACAACAGUCAGGCACUCUGUCUGUCUGUCUGCCAAUCUCCCACCGGUCAUAAACAAAGCGCCGCGCCCUCUGGUCGGUCUAUCUUUACACACGCAUGUCAGUGAGUGACAGAUGAAGGCUACCAGCCGCUGAAGUCGAGUUGUGUCCUGAUGGCCUUCUUUUUGACGGGCACGGCGGCGUACUCCUCCUCUAUGUCGCCCUUCUCGGCUAUCGUCGUCGGCAGCUGACCACGACCUGCUGGUGCGGAGGACGGGGCGGCCUUGCUAGGUGCUGCACCCGGCCUGAACGAACGAACGAUAAAGACCAACAACACACACCACACACACCGCAUAGCAUACAGACAGACAGAUAGGGCGGGCGUGACCUUUGUUCGCGUGUCGUGUCGCCCGCCUUAGGUACUGACUUUGCUUUCGCCGCUGCCUUGGGUGCUGCAGCUGCACUGCCGGCCACAUACUUGCCGAUCUCGUCCGACUCCCUGACAAACACACACACACACACACAGACAGAUGAAUGCAUGUGAUGUGUGCUUGAUGGUGCGGUGCAUUCAUGUGAUGUGUGGCUACUUACCGCUUCGGGUGGCUGGCCAUGGCGUCGAGUGCAGCCCUGUUAGAAAACCACGCCGCAUUGGGAUCCUCCUGCAGACAGACAGACAGACAGACAGAGAGGAGACACACUCACACCGUCAUCUCAUCGCGGUCGUUUGUGUUGGCCGCCUGUCUGCUGUGUGAGUGCGUUUGUGAUUGGUUGUGACCUCUGCGGGGUUAAGUUUGUCCUCCUCUUCCUUCUGGAGCUGCUCCUUGGCCUCGGUGAAGGGGUUGCUGAACACGUGGGUCUCAACUAUCCUGGGCGGCACCUGUACCGCACCAACACACAGACACAUCAAUCAGUACUGUGCCCAUGGCAUGCGUGUGUGCCUUGCUUGGUGGUCUCGUCUCACGAGUGGUUUGUCAUUCUUGUCGGUGUCUAGGGCCUCCAUAGCCCGCAGCACGUCCACACCGCCCACAACUGACGGAUACAAACAGAGGCAAGGACACACACACAGACGUGACUGGACACAUGGACACAAACAGGAGUGCAGUGCAGUGCAGUGCAGGUGUGUGUGUGUGUGUGUGUGGACUCGACUCACCCCUUCCGAAUACGGUGUGUUUGUAGUUGAGGUGCUCGCAGGACUUGAACGUGAUGAAGAACUGAGAUUUGUUGGUGUUCUUGCCCGAAUUGGCCAUGCUCACCACACCCUGGCCCUGAUACACACACACACACACACACACAUGGUCGCACACAGCAGCACUAGUCACCCUUCCCGUCUGGCUGCCUGCCGGCAUUCGUCCACACACACCUGGUGCAGCAGCUUGGACACCAUUUCGUCUCUGAAUGGCUUGCCGUCCUCGAAGGCGCUUUCGCCACCCUCACCAGUGCCCGUCGGAUCGCCCCCCUGAAUCAUGAAACUCGGGAUGCACCUGCACACCAAACCACACAUACACUUGCCAGGCGCCAGUGAAGUGAAGUGGUGCAAAGAUUGCCUCACUCACUGACCGACUGACCUGUGGAAGAUGGUGUCUUUGUAGUAUCCCGACUCGCAGUGUCGUAGGAAGUUGUCGCAGGCCAUGGGCGUCAGGUCGGCAUGCAGCUCGAUGUUCAGACCACCGAGAGUCGUCUCGAUACGCACGUACCUGCACUCAGGGAGACACACACACAGAGAGAGAUGGAGAGAGAGAGAGAGAGAGAGAGCCCGUCAUGGUCGGUGUAAGUGUGUUGAUGUGUUGAUGUGUUAUGUGACUGACCCCUUCUUUUUGUUCUUCUUGACUCUGGCGUAGUAGGUCUGCCGCACCUCCUCGCCCGUCAUGUCGCGGUACUCAAACCGGGUGUCGAUAUUCACAGCCGUCGACGUGAAACUCGCAGCCUGCCUGCAACCAUUCCAUUCGACAAUAAGGCGAUGAUCAGUUGCAUGGGCUUUCCAUCCAUCCGUCUGUCCGGCCAUCGGCCUAUCUCUCUCUCUCUCUCUCUGUGUGUGUGUGUGUGUGUGUGCGGAUAAGUACUUGCUGGUGGUGAGGAAUGAGUGUUUCUUCUUGGCCUCUGGGGGGGCUGACGCGUCAGCGGGAGCCGGCCUCUUCACGCCUGAUCGAUAUACCGACAGACAACACAACCCAUCACAUCAGACAAGAGACGACCACACCUGUCCUGCCUGCUUGUCUCUCUCGUCUGGUCUUACCACCACCACCAGCGGCAGCGGCAGCGGCAGCGGCGGGCUCCUCAUCCCCCUCCUCGUCGACAAGUGCCUUGAGUUUGUCCUUUUCCUUUUGCUUCUGCUCCUCCAUUUUCCUCUUCUCCUCGUAGACCCGCUCCAUCAUGUCAGGCCGCUUGAUGUAGGCCGUGCUGCUGCCCUCCUCGGCCGGCACGCCCGACGCAGACCCUGAACCGGGAACAGCCAGUCCUGCAGAUCAGAUGGAUGACCGACACAACCGACCGACCGACCGACCGACACGGCACACACACACAUGCAUCGAUGGCCCUUUCCCCCUCUGUGUGCGUCUGACCGACCUCUUUUGAUGUGGUCGAAUUCUUCGAUUUUCCUGAAGAGGACAUCCUGCGGGUCCUGGAUGGUGAUGACGUCGGCCGAGCUGAAUGGCUCUCCCGUGAUGAGGUCCUUCCAGUUCUUGGCCUUGCGAUUGAGCUCCUCGACGGCCUCCUUGGCGUACACGUGUCCGCUCUUGGCGUUGGCCACGAUGGUGCUGCGGUCGGUGAAGACCUUGAACGUCACCGGGCAGUGGUACUCGCCCGCCGCAUUCUUGUGGAACUUCAAAGGGAUCAAAUCACCUACGGGAACGAACAGACAGACAGACACGACACAAUCACAGCACAGCACAUCAGGUCAAUCGGAUGUCUUCCGGUGUGGGUGUAUGUGUGUGACUCACCCGCUGAGAGCGGUUUUGCGUUGACGGGGUUGCGCUUGUAUUUCUUGAUGUAGGCAAGAAUGCGGGAUGCGUCGAAAACGAUGCCCUCUUUGGUGCACACGGGGUCGUCGAAGGGCGAGAGGGAAAGGCCGCAGCAGUAGAAGGGCAGGGCCUUGAAAGGCAGAGCGAGGUUCUGCUUCUUGUAGCCUCCCCAGUCGCGGCCAUACUCACUCGGGAUGAUGUACAGCUAUAUGAGGUGGGACACACGCAGCACGCAACGCAACAGGUCAGAUCUCGUAUGCCGAUAUCUGCAUUCUUUUGGACCUCACCUUGUCUUUGCUGUGCUGCUUCUUGCCCAUAGCUGCAAAGGAGGAAGGG